GGAAAUCAGCUGUUUUGAAGACGCUGGAGACUAGUCUGAUGCUGCGAAUCUCUCCUUUUUAUUACUAAUUUCGCUUCUAAAUCAACACAACAGCUUUAAGUGCCAGCCAUGUCAGGUUCCUGAGUGACUUACAAGCAACAUGGAAGGAAAAGACAGAUUUUCACUGCUCCUACUUGAACCUGGCGAAAUUUACUUUGAGGACUUCGCGGCCAUCUAUCACCUUCCUGAAGAUGUUGCCAAGAAAGAAGAUGGCUGGGAGACGAUAUGUGAGGAUGGACAGCUUCGAGGGAGGCUGAAGGUUUGUUCCAAAUCACUUGUGUUCGAUCCUCGGGACACUCGCGCUCCAAUUAUCAAAUUUCCUUUGCGCUCCUUUGAGUCUGUUCAGGAAAGUCAAGGAGAAGCCAAGAGUGAACUUCUUACUAGUGACGGUGAUAGAACAUAUAUUGAAGUAAAAUGUGGCAUGACUGUAGAAAUGUUGGAAGGAAAUAUUCUUCAGCCUUACAGAUUUUGCAGGGAGGUUCACAGUCACACUUUUGAACUGGUAUAUGUGAAGGCUUCAACUGUUUUGCCACAAGUGUGUCAGCUGCAGAGAGCUUCAACUUUGCCACCAAAUGACCAAAAUACAAUGAUUCAAGCUAUUGUAAGGUCAAGGCAGAGAAGAAAAAAGUUUGACCGAUCAUUGCUCGAAGACAUCUCAGAAACUGUUGUGUUGGAGAGCCAGGCAAACAAGGUCACUCCCCUUGUGACCAAUCCUGGGACAGUUCUGCUCACAACGUCGAUGCUUUAUUUCCAGCCACACAAUAAUGCUGAAAAGUUUCCAGUCAUAAGAAUUGGUCUGCAUGAGAUAAGACAAGUCAUCAAACGACGCUUCUUACUACGGCAAGUUGGCUUGGAGGUGUUCUGUAGGGAUCAGUGUAUGGUCAAGCAUCUUCUGCUGACGUUUAAGGAGUCGGAAGAAAGAGAUAACCUGUAUGAAUGCCUGAUGCAGCAGGAGAAUGUUAGUGUAGAUGACAUGCGGCAGGACAACAUCAGCUAUCAGUGGCAAGCAGGAGCCAUAUCUAAUUUUGAGUACCUCUCUUAUCUAAAUAGCCAAGCAGAUCGUAGUGUUAAUGAUUUGACACAGUAUCCAGUAUUUCCAUGGGUACUGGCAGACUAUGUUAGUGAAUCCCUAGACUUAGGAGAUCCUGCUAUUUAUAGGGAUCUAUCAAAGCCUGUAGGAGCCCUCAAUGAAUGCAGACUAAAGCGAUUAAAGGAGCGCUGUAAAGACAUGCCAGAACCCAGAUUCCUGUAUGGCUCUCACUAUUCUACCCCUGGAUUCGUGCUAUUUUACUUAGUGCGACAGUACCCACAGUAUAUGCUGUGUCUUCAGAAUGGACGCUUUGAUCAUCCAGAUCGCAUGUUCAACAGCCUACCAGACACUUGGUACAAUGUCACAACAAAUCCUUCAGACUUCAAGGAAUUAAUCCCAGAGUUCUACGACUUAGACGGCUCAGCGGACUUCCUUACAAACUCCAUGCAAAUAAACUUUGGAGUGAGACAAAAUGGAAAACCAGUUGGGGAUGUGGAGUUACCCCCUUGGGCCAAAGGACCAGAAACUGUGAUUAAGAUGAUGCGAGAUGCACUUGAAUCUGAAUAUGUAUCUCAGAAUCUCCAUCUGUGGAUUGACCUUAUAUUUGGCUACAAGCAGAAUGGGGAAGAAGCAGAAAAAGCUGACAACUUGUUUUACCAUCUUUGCUAUGAGGGCUCUGUUGAUCUGGCAGCCAUCACAGAUCUGAAUGACCGCCUUGCCCUAGAGGUCCAGAUCACUGAGUUUGGACAAGUGCCAAAGCAGCUCUUCUCGAAGCCACAUCCCCAGAGAUCGCGGUCUUUUGGGGUUUAUGAUUCAAUGUAUUUGAGUAACGGAAUCUCAGAAAGUAGUAUUUGCAGUGAGGCAGAGGAAGAACGGGCAAACAGUGGGGAGAACAAUGAGAACAAAGCCCUUAAUCCUAGCUCCACAUGCCUCUGGCAGCGUUUGGCUGACCUCAGAUUACUGCGGGAAUGUAGGGCCCAUAGAGAAGCCAUCACAGGGGUGGUCUUCACAACAGACAGCCAGAAUAUCCUCUCAGUUGGCCAAGAUGCAUUGCUGAAGAUGUAUACCUUGCCAAAAUUAAAUCAGGUAAGAAGUGUGCGGAUUAGCUCAAUGGCAGCCUCGUCUUGCCUACACCUUCCAGGGACAGACACAGUGCUGGUGGGCUCUUGGGACAAUACUGUAUACAAGUACAGCUUAGAAUUCAGCCAGGUCCAUCCAUUGUUGGAGGCACAUUGUGAUGCUGUGUCGUGCAUGCAAUGGAACCAGGAUGUCCUUGUGACUGGCUCCUGGGACUGUACUGUGCGCACAUGGUCACUAGAAAUUGGAGCCAAUGGAAAUGCUCAGAGAAAAGAGAGAGACAAUAAUGGGAGAGGAAAAGGAGGCUCAAUGUCUGCUGGGGAGAACAUCCUGUGUGAGAUGGACCAUGACUCCCCAGUGACGUGUGUGGCCCUUCAUCCUGCUGGUUCCCUCUUGGCUUCAGGCACACAGGAUGGUACCCUGGCUGUGUGGCUCCUUCCAGCUGGUGACCUGGUGCACCAAAUUAGUUGUCACAGUAGCAGCAUAAAUGCAAUAGCAUGGAGUGACAAUGAGGACCGAGUGUUGACGGCUGGGGAUGAUGGACUUUUGACAAUUGUGGAUGCUCAUCAAGGCAACAAGAUUUGUAUCCAUGAUUUGCAAGAAAAUAUAAGGUGUGUGGCAUGGGAAGGACGGCUGGUGAUAGGGGGAAGUGUUAGCGGUGAUGUCAUUGUAUUUGACAUGGGAACCGGUGCUGUGAUUAAGAGGCUGACUUCUCACACUGGUCCAGUGACAUGUUUGGCUAUAUCUCCUGAUAACCAACACCUUGUAACUGUCAGUGAAGACCGACGCAUCAUUCUUUGGGGUACAGAUUAAAGGAACUUUAUCUGACUGUGAAGAUAAAGUUGGUACUUCUUACUCUUACCUCUUCGCUCAUGCAGUAAGCAAUGUAUUUUUAAGCGUGUCUUGGUUUUUAUCCUGGAGAGUAUUUGAUGAAUGAUAAAGAUAUAUAUGAGAGGUAUUGUUAUAAAUUAUAGUUGUCUGAAUACA